AUGGGGCGCUCCAAUUUACCCCAGUUAAGCCACUCGGCAUUUGCAGUAAAACUCGUGUCUCCCUCGAUGCGGCAUUUGUGGAGAGAGCUUGAGGUGGAUUUGGCUCAGGGUUUCAAAGGAAAUUUCUCUUGUUAUUCCGUGAAAGUGGAACGUCGACCAGAAGCUGUUCGCGGAACGGUCAACAUUUCGACGGAACCAUCAGCUCGGUGCAGCUCUGUUGGCAGCUCAGUGAGCAGCCCCGCACAGCCAAGCACUUCUCAGUCAGCUAGCGUAGCCACAGCAACUUACACGGAGGAAACAGGCCUGGUGGGAUCUAGGACGCCCUCUAACGACGAUACUCGUUCUAUGCCGACUUUGCCUUCAAGCACUGAUACUAUGGCAACCGCUAUGGAGUACGGUUACCAGGGCAGUUAUAUGACUGGCAUGCUACCAAGUUUCCAAGACACAUACGGUGAAUCAUUCACUUUCCGUAAUACGGAGUUUGCUGAACCCCAUACGGGAUAUGGUGAAUUUUUCAGUUCUAGUUCUCCGUAUGAGCACGCCGAACAAUGCCACGAAGACACACCUUUCGAGUUGCCAUCAAUGCAUGAUGUGACGCCAUGUGCUGUUUACAGUUAUAAACCAUCUUCUCAAACUUCGCCUCCAACACCAGCACAACAACAAAGUGGAGGGUAUGGGUACAGUCCGAAGCCAAGUCAAUCGCCUCCUCCAACGACGCCGUCUUACGGCCAACAAUCUGGAUUCCAGUUCAGCCCUAAGCCCAAUCCACACAGUCCGCCCAGCUCACAGUCAUACGCACAUCAACCAAGUUAUUCGUACAGUCCGGAGCCGACAUCGCAAAGCACAACAGCGGGAACUGCAUCGUAUGCGAGCACUAGUCAACAGAGUUACCCGUAUAGUCCUAAGACGAAUACGCACAGUCCACCGUCGACGCCGACAGCGUACGCUAGUGGGAAUCCACAGAGCGGCUUCCACUUCGCACCAAUAACAAAGCAAGAGUCGUCCUCUCCAUUCAGCAGUCAACAAGGUCCACAAGCACAAAAUAGACUUCAGCACAGUCCGAUCACGCCAACGUCUACGUCGUACGGCGGCUACGGAGGUCUGGAGUCACAUGGUAGUCACGUGGACCCGUAUGAGGCUGAGAACCAGGAAUGCCAUUGGAGCGACCGAGCGAGUCAGGGAGAUAUAGAGCAUCGUAUUCAUGGAUCGCGAACUCCUGAGUCUCACUCAGGUUACAUACAUAUCGACAUGAAACUUGGACAAUAUAGCCCGUCUGGGUGUUAUCCUAUUCACAGCCCUCUUCAGGGAUCUCCAUCACCGGGAAUGUCCAUGCAUUUAGCAGGACAGCCUACAUUUCAUGGAACUUUUACCAUGGCGAGUACAUUAGCACCAAUGCACCACGGCACAAUGAAAGAUAUCACACCACUGCCAUCCACCUCUCAACGGAAUUCUCCCGGACAAGAAGGUACAUGUGCCGUAUGUGGAGACAGCGCUGCUUGCCAACACUACGGUGUUCGUACUUGCGAAGGAUGUAAAGGUUUCUUCAAGCGUACUGUACAAAAACACGCAAAAUAUGUCUGUCUUGCGAAUAAAAAUUGUCCUGUCGACAAAAGAAGAAGGAAUCGUUGUCAGUUCUGUCGAUUUCAAAAGUGUCUGGCUUCUGGAAUGGUGAAAGAAGUUGUACGCACAGAUGAGCUAAAGGGCAGACGAGGUCGAUUACCAUCAAAACCACGAAGUCCUCAGGAGAGCUCUCCGCCGUCGCCUCCUGUCAGUCUUAUAACUGCACUGGUCCGGGCACAUGUCGACGCUUCACCAGGCAAACCUAAUCUGAAUUACACACAGUUUGAGAUGCCUGACACUAGCAGUGAAUCCAAACUGGAUGACAAGGAACAACUGCAACAAUUCUAUGACAAUCUAGUGCAGUCUAUUGAUGUGAUCAAAUCCUGGACACAAAAGAUUCCCGGUUGGAGUGAGAUUUGUGAAGAAGACCAAGAGCUGUUAUUCCAAUCUGCCUGUUUAGAAUUGUUUGUUCUUCGACUAGCUUACAGAUGUAGCCCUAGCGAUGACCGCCUUGCAUUCUGUAAUGGUGUAGUUUUACAUAAACAACAAUGUGCUCGUGGAUUCGGAGAAUGGUUAGACCAAGUGGUCAACUUUGCUGAAACCAUGCAUGGAAUGGAUGUUGACAUAUCAGCAUUUGCUUGUCUCUCUGCAUUAGUCCUUGUUACAGAACGUCAUGGUUUAAGAGAGCCACACAAAGUUGCAGAUAUCCAGAAUAAAAUCAUCGGAUCCCUGCGUGACCAUAUCACUUACAAUCCAGUGGCACAUAAUCGUCAUAAUUAUCUGUCAAAACUUCUACUCAAAAUUCCAGACUUGCGAACCCUGAGCAAACAGGGUCUCCAGCGUCUUUACUAUCUGAAAUUGGAAGGAGCUGUGCCAGCACCCUCUAUAGUUGAGAGGAUGUUUGCUCCUCACUUACCAUACUAAGUGUAAUAUUGCUACAUAUAAGGUACGCCAUUAACCCAAACUAUCACUUGGAGAACUUGACGACUGCGUACCAUCUUUAGUCAGUGUCUUCAUAUCCAACUUGCCUUGCCUGAAGUUUUUUUUAAAUAAAUCAGAAUUUUUGACAUUCUGAUGUGAUUUUUUUCCAUAACUGUUUCCAUGACAACAUUUUUUACCUCUUUCUCUUUUGUUUUUUCUCCUGAUUUUUUUCAUAAGAAUCGUGAUUUUACUGUGAGUUUGGUGUCCUAUUGUUUAUACAAGUUUGAAUUUUAUACUUUAAUUGAAACACACUGAAGUACAAUUUCUAUGUAUUUUGUCUUAAGCCAACAUUGUCUGUCACCAUGGUAAUCACUUAAGAAUACCAAUGUUAUAUUCAAAGCCACUGCCAUUUUUUGAAUGUAAACUGUCCUGUGCUGCACUUGUACUUUAGUUCAAACCAAUGUAUACUUUUUUUCCUGUGUGCAAUAUACAUUAUGGGCAUUUGCCAAAAUUUCACAAAAUAUUGGUUAAAAAGUGAAACUAUUAAGUAGAAAUUUUGAUGUUGCACCUGUCUUGUCAUGGAGUGGGUGUGUUUUGAUUAAUAUUUGUAUCACCCAUCAGAAGUAUAAAACUAUUGUGUUUAAAUUAUUAUAGUUGUGUACAUUAUAAUUAUGUAAAUGUUUUUAACAAGAAACGCCUGCACAAAUUGUGCUAAAAAGCAGCAAACGUCAUGACGACAUUCAUAACAAUUUUGAAAAGAUUACUAUGACUCAGAGCAGUUUGAAUUGUAUUCUUCAUAUGCUAAUGAGCUGCAACAUAUGCUAAUGAGCUGCAAUAAGCUAGCAUGGUUUAAUCUCGAUGAGGUAUACUCAAUAAUGACAACAAUUGUAUGCUAAUCAACACAGCCAUUAAAUUGAAGUCGGUGCUUGUCGUUUCAUUUUUAUUUAUUUAUUUUUAAAACGUUCUAUUUUUUUCUUUUGCGUUAAUUAGCUAGAACAUUGUAAAAUGCAAAUGAUGUUUGACUGCCCUAUUUAACUGGUGACAACUGGGGGUUAGACUCCCUAUCUUCAGGAAAAAUCACAUUUUGAUAAUGGGUGGAUGAAUGAACAUUCUAAGGAAUAAUGUAUAACUAAAUUGCUUGAUUUAUUGAUUAUAUCUUAGGGGGUUGUGUAGGAAAGGCACUCCCUAGCUUCAGGGAGAAUUCACAUUUUGAGAAUAUCAGGCUCCUUAACUAAGUUGAGGGUAUAUUUUCUGGUGGACUAUGUAUGCCAAGCAUAUUGAAGAAUAAGGUUUUUGAGAAUGUUUAGUAUUUUUUUACGAAAGGAAAACCAUUACAGUUUUUAUACAAUUUACAAAUUAUAGUGAAUACAUGCUUUGUCAAUUUUACACAAAAUUUUUAAAGUGAUCUUUCCUUCUAAAUCGUGAAAUUGUGGCUCACCUUCAGAAGCUUAAGGAGUCCGUUUUUGUAAAGUUCUUGUUGUUUAUGACUUUUCACUUUUACACGUCUAUGUGGUGUAUUUUCAUACUGUUCAAAAAAUUGGACGAAAUCUUGUGAAUUUUGUACAAAUAUUUUUUUUGUUUCUUCACUUUUUUUUACUUUUUUAUAAAACCAUCUCAAGUGGUGUGAAGUCGUGGUAACGUCGUAAAUGUUAUUACAUUUUGACAAGUUUUUAAAAGUUUGACAUUCACUGUCUAUAUUGGUUUCAACUUAUAUGUUAAACACUUAUGUAUGUUUCAUAUUUUUACUGAUUUUGUUUUCUUAAAAAAUCUUUAAGUUUGUCUUGAUUUCAAAUAUUUGGAUAUAUAAUGUCGAAAUGUGAUUGUGUUGUUAAUGUCAAUGUCAAAAAUAUUAGUCCAAGACUACCAAUCGGAAUCUUUUGAUUGGUCAAUUGAAUAUUAUGUUAAUUUAAUUUUUAAUCAUCUUACGAAAUUGUGUCCAUAUUUGUUUGUCGUUGAUUGGUGCUAUGUUAACAGUUAUUUCCUGUCUCUAUUUUCAAAGUGGUUCUUUACAUGUGGUUUUCUAUCUUAUAUUCCUGAUUGAUUUUGCAGGGCUUUUAUUUCAUAUGUGGCAAUAUUUCAUUUUUUAUGAAACAGUGACGAAUAAAAAAUCAUCAGCAUCUA